AUGUCUCCUUACAGAAACAUCCUCCAUGGUCACGGUUUCGCCUUCGUCUUCCUCCUUUCACUGGCAACAUCCACCGCUGAUUCAGCUCAGCAUCUUGGCAUCUUCAAUUUCACCAAUAACGGCGACCCAAAUAACCCAAUCUUCGGUGUUGAAUUCGACGUCUUCGCUAACCAAGAAUUCAACGACAUCAACGACAACCAUGUCGGCGUCGACGUCAAUUCCCUCACUUCGGUCUCAUCUGCGGUCGCCGAAUUCUAUGACGGCCAGAGAUUCACGGAGCUGAGGCUUAACAGUGGCGAUAACUAUCAGGCCUGGAUUGAGUUUAAUGGGUCAGCGAUCAAUGUCACGAUUGCUAGAGCUAGCUCUAUGAAACCCGUGUAUAGAGGAGAGUUGGAAGGCAAACAAGUGGCGGUUAAGAGAAUCAUGGUAAGCCCUCGUGAGAGCGUGGCUGGGACGAGUGAGUUCUUAGCUGAGGUUGGUGCAAGAAAGGAGGAGAGAGCCUGA